AUGAGCGAGGCUGAAAUUCGCUUGUUCGAGUUGCUCGACAAAGCCGCCGCGUCGGAUUCGGGCACCGUGCCACUCUCGGCUUUGCAGGAGGCAUGCACGGAGGUUCCGUACGUGUCAUCCAGGCUCACUGGCAGGCGGAGGUACCAACUCUACAGCGGCCUGCUUCUGGACAAGCCCCCAACUGUUGUCCCGGACACGUUUAGAGAACAUGCGGGAGAAGCGGGUGAAAUUCACAAGAAUGUGGCGGCAAGGCUGAAAGAAGUUUUGAGCGAGGAUGAGCUGCUAGAGGACGCUGACUUGCAGGGGUUUGUCUGCUACUUUGCCACCAAAACCGGGUGUCAAUUCGACGAUGAGAUGACGGGCAUCACCCUUGCGCUUGCCACAGUGAUUGCCGCCGCAGAGUUGCCGCCUGGCACGGAAAAACUUUUUCGGCUUUACCAGCUGCUUGAGGUGCUGCGCAAAGACUUUGUUGUACCUGCUGCCUCUCGCGCCUUUGAUGGCUCCCUGGCGUCGCUGUUACAUCUGCUGUUGCAGUACCACGACCCCUGCUUCUCACGCCACCUCGACCAGCGCGUUGUCAACAUUGGGGUGAUUCUCCUCGACUGGGUGCGAAGGCUUUUUGUGGUGGGGGACAACUUUCAGGAGGCGCUCCGUGUCUGGGACUGGCUGCUGAUUAUGGGGGACCCCACAAUGACAGUUUACUUUGCCCUCUCGUACCUCGUGGCACACCGCCAGCGUUUUCUUGCCAUGGAAACUAAAGAGGAAUUGACCGAGGCACUCCGUUCACUUGUUUUUGUGCUUCCUACACGAAAGGAAGAUGCGGUGAACCCUGCUCUGCACGACGGUCGGCCUAUUUCAUUUCUCUCGCUUCGGUCCGGCAAGUCACUUGCUCAAAAUGCGGACAUCGCCUACCGAAGUACUCCUCACUCCACUCGGCGUGUGAUUGACGCCUUGCUGUUCCACGACGAGGGUGGCCUAAGCAAAAGUCCGGAUGCCCUGGAAGGCUAUUACACGGCUUACACCGCCUUGCCGCUUGAGCGUUCCGAUUUUGCCGAGUCAUUCGCCCCGCAGGCGGCGCCAAGCGCACUGAGUUACGUCGUGCUGGACUGCCGCUCCCGCAAGAGUUUUGAGUUUGCUAGACUGCCAACUGCAAUUUGUGUCGGGGACGAUGUCGGCUUCGAUAACGAGAAGUUUGACAGGGUGGCCUUGACGCUGAAGGACAUCAAAGGGAACCAUAUUUGCGUCUUUGGUACAGGCCGGCCCAUCACCGAGGAGUUUAAUUUGCUGAAGAUGUUGUCUCUGCACCUUGUGCAAUGUGGGUUCCCGUACGUCAGCAUGGGUGGAUUUCGCGCUCUCAUUCCACUGAUCAAGGCGAAAGUCAUCACCAUUAAAGGUGCUCCAGCGGCCGAUACGGCAAGGGGCGAUUUUGCGGACUCCGUUGCGGCGUUGAAGGACAGUCUGACGGAUUUGUUGCCGCAUCUUGAAUUUGACAAGGAGGAGGCUCGAAGAAAGGCGGAGGCAUUUGGCAACAAGGCGAAAGAAGGCGUACAGGCGGCGAAGUCAUGGGGAUGGAGCGUGGUGCAGAGCGUGGGCAAACGGCUGGUUUCCAGUAGCGCACCGUCUCUCGCGGCAGACUCCACGGCGGGUAAAUGGGCGAACAGGACCACUGGCACUGGCGGCACUCUCGUUGGAGCCGGAAACGGUAGAGAUGAUCUUCGGCCAACGCGUGCGACAGCCGCCCAGCAUACCUUUUCGCUGAGCGUGAACGACGACGAUGACGAGGGCGACCUUGAUCUCAUCACAAGCGUUCCUCAGUACACUGGCAACGUGGUCGAAUACCGCGAGGGAGAGCAGCUUGUGAGGGGGAAGCUUGUUGCCGAGGGGUCAUCACCGCCGCCUGGUGAGAAUGUUGAGGCUUCCCCCACGGCAUUUAGCCCUGAGCGUUCCAAGGCAUCCAAAGGCAUUCUUUUAGAAAUUGAUGAGGAGUUUAAUAGACUCUUCGGCGACUCCGUGUCCCCGCGGGAUCUGUCCUCCGAGAGCGACACCAGAAGGCGACGCCAGGAAGGAUUGAAAAGAGAAUUUAUUGCAUUUAAUUGCCUUCUUGAAAUGGGAUAG